CCUCGAGAACAUGAUGCUUUAAUAGCAUACGUCUUACACCUGCUUCCCCUUUUGCCGCCUCAAUGGUAUGAGUCGUCAUCUCCUUCCUUCACACGCAUAUUAAAGGAUACGAUUUUUGUUUUGGCUAUGGAUAGCUGACGUCAUCGCAAAUUGGGCCUACUGAGUUGCCGCAUUCCUGGGUAGCCAAUACCGCCUGUCACCGCCUUAUCAAGAGGCGGACCUUUAUCUUUCCAAUUAAUCCAAGAAUCAAAGUUUGAAUUGCAACUUUCGUUUUAAUCAAUUUGAAGUUCUUCCACCGAUCCUUCUUUCCAUCCGCAAGCCAAACCCUAAAGCUAUCUAUGCAUACAAGCAUCUCUCGGUUGUGAUGAUUACAUCUUUUUGGUUGGAUUCAAGCAAAGUAUAGAUUAUCCACAUCUUGUUGAGAGAUUGAGAUGAUUACAAUUGCGUAGACUAAUCUGGGCUCCGAUUUGAUUUCAAUACGUUGAAGAAACAUGUAUCAAUGGAGGAAAUUCGAGUUCUUUGAGGAGAAAUACGCCGGAAAAUGUUUGGUCCCGGAUGAAGUCGCCGGAAAAAUCGAGUGUUGCUCCAGCGGAAGGGGGAAAAUCGCGGUGGGAUGUGAAGAUGGGACUGUUAGUUUACUAGAUCGAGGUUUUAAGUUCAGCUAUGGAUUCCAAGCUCACACUUCCUCUGUUUUAUUCAUUCAACAACUCAAGCAACGCAACUUCCUACUAACUGUUGGAGAAGACGAACAAAUAUCUCCACAAUUAUCGUCUGUAUGCCUCAAAGUUUUUGACCUAGAUAAAACUCAACCAGAUCCUGAUUGUAUCCAAAUACUACGAAUAUUCACUAAUCAAUUCCCAGAAGCAAAGAUAACAUCGUUUCUAGUUGUAGAAGAAGCUCCACCAAUAUUGCUGAUAGCUAUUGGACUAGACAAUGGUUGCAUUUAUUGCAUCCAAGGUGAUAUUGCAUGUGAACGUAUCAAACGAUUCAUGCUUCAAGUGGAGAAAAGUGAAGAUAAAUCCGAAUGUGGUAUUACUGGAAUGGGUUUUCGUGUUGAUGGGAAAGCUUUUCAUUUGUUUGCAGUUACUCCAACUUCUGUAAGCUUAUUUAACUUGCAGACUCAGCCAGCUGGUCGACAAACCCUAGAUCACAUUGGGAGUAAUGUGAAUAGUGUCGCCAUGAAUGAUCGCCUGGAGCUUAUCAUUGGUCGACCCGAGGCAAUAUAUUUCUAUGAAGUUGAUGGUAGAGGUCCAUGUUGGGCUUUUGAAGGAGAAAAAAAGUUACUCGGGUGGUUUCGUGGAUACCUCUUAUGUGUAAUUGCAGACCAAAGAAGUGGCUCAAACACCUUCAACAUCUAUGACCUCAAAAACCGUUUAAUCGCACACAGUAUAGUCACCAAAGAAGUCUCCCACAUGCUUUGUGAAUGGGGAAGCAUCCUCCUUAUCAUGAACGAUAAAUCGGCUUUAUGUAUUGGAGAAAAAGACAUGGAAAGCAAACUCGACAUGCUUUUCAAAAAAAACCUUUACACAGUCGCCAUUAAUCUUGUUCAAACUCAACAAGCUGAUGCAGCUGCAACUGCUGAAGUUUUAAGAAAAUAUGGUGAUCAUUUAUACAUGAAGCAAGAUUUUGAUGAAGCCAUGAGUCAAUACAUUCAUACAAUUGGUCAUCUUGAACCUUCUUAUGUCAUCCAGAAGUUUCUAGAUGCACAAAGAAUCUACAACCUUACAAAUUACCUCGAGAAGCUACACGAAAAGGGUCUCGCGUCAAAAGACCAUACUACCCUUCUCUUAAACUGUUCCACCAAAUUGAAAGAUGUUGACAAGUUGAAUGUUUUCAUCGAAAGUGAAGAUGGUGAGAUUAAUUUGGUGAGAUUAAGCAAAUGUACUGCAUGUACUUUCACACUCGAUCUGCCAGCUGUCCACUUCAUUUGUAUGCAUUCUUUUCAUCAACGUUGUCUUGGAGACAAUGAAAAAGAAUGCCCCGAAUGUGCCUUUGAGUACAGAUCUGUUCUUGAAAUGAAAAGAAACUUGGAACAAAAUUCAAAAAAUCAAGAUCAGUUUUUCAAGCAAGUUAAGAAUUCACAAAAGAUGGAUUUUCAGUGAUUGCUGAGUACUUUGGAAAAGGGAUUAUUAGCAAAACUAGCAAAAAGGAAUCAGGAGGAUCUUUAAAUUCAAACGGUAAUUCCGCUGGUGGAUUCUGAGCAAUCUUUUGUUUGUUUGUUUGAUCUUCUCUUUUUUGCAUUUCGUUUUGGAAACCGGAAUGAGUGAUUCCGGAGAUGAUACACUGAUUUGUUUUCACUUUUGUGUUUGUAACAUUUGAAAGGUAACUUAUAUGAGGUUGUCUUAGCUCUUAUGUA